AUGCGGAUCGUGCUAACAGCGUGCUCCGGAAUCAUAGAUACCUCGGCCCUCAAGAAUCUGGACUCGAACAUCAAAAAGAACACAGCGUUCAUCAAGAAAUGUAAAACAGGACUCACUGCCGAUGUUUCACCUCAGUUGCUGAAUGACAUCAGGAAGCUCAGUCUCGAAAAAUACAUCUCAGAGAUCGUUGCCGCCAUCCUAGAGGGACUCUUGCGCUGCAAACUCAGUGCCGAUGUCGCCGCCGCAGUGGAGGUUAUUUCGGCCCUACAUCAGAGAUUUCCAGACACUUUUACGCCAUUGUUCACAUAUCAUUUGGCAAAGGCACUCGCCCCAUCGCCAAAGCUGACACAUCAGCAACUAGCACAGGCAGGAUCGACACCAGAGCAACGUGAAAAAGAGGAAGUCGCGAGAGUUUCAAGGCAGCGUAUUCUAUGCCGUGUUGCUACGGAUCUGUGGCUGGUUGGAAUCUUGCGCAACGUUGAAGAUGGUGUAGCGACUCUGAACGCAGAGGGCACAGCAGGUGUAUCCAGUAAGGCGGGACAGGUAACCAAGGACAACGUCGUUGGCCUAUUGAUCAAUCCGAGCAAGGAUUCCAGAGGAACCGCUGCCGAUAGUUCAAAAAUGUUCCCCAACUUUAUCUUCACCAUUCUGCAUGACCUGCUUGCUGGAGACAAGGACCAUGUCAACCUUCCCAUUUUGUUGACAGUGCUGAAAAUUCAUGGCAAGGAUUUGACUGGGACCCUUCCUCGAAAAUCAAAGACGUCUGGCGACGGAAAGGAUACCGAGAUAAAGACUCAGGCGCCAGAGGAAGGAAGCGUAGCCCAGCCUGACAACUUUGUACCUGGGGCUCAGCAAUCAAUGUUCAAGAACAUGUGCCUAGAGUAUUACAGGAAUCUGGAGAACCAUCUCGUUCGCGACCAUAAGGACUUGAUAAAACUCGAGCGAAAGAAUGAGGCGUCCCUGUUUUCGCGUGGAGAGCUAUCAGAGGAGCGUCAGCAGCAAUACGAAAAACAAUACAAGGCGUUUGAGAAACUGACAGCAUCGACCCAAACAGUCGCCGAUGCAUUAGACGUGGAUAUGCCUGUGCUAGAGGACGAGAAGGAGGACCUGAUUGGCAUUGUCGAGUCAUCCGGUGGAGCGGAAGAGAAGGGAUCCAGUAGCAGCGUUUUUGAAGAUGAAGAUAACAUUGUGUUUUACGAGCAGAUUCUGGAUCUUCGUACGCUUGUCCCGAAGAUUUUUUUGGAAUCAUCAAAGUCGAAAAAGGACAAGAAGGACGAGGGCAACGACGGCGAUAAAGAUAACGAUAAGACUGUAAGCAAGGAUGAACACUCUCCAGCAGAAGUGGACAGUGGAGCAAAGAACAACGCUCAUCAGCUGGACGAUCUCGACGAAUCUGCUGACCUCAUAAUGGAGAGCAUCGAUGCAGAGCUGGAGGAUUUGAAUCUGGAUGACCAUACUGGGACGGAGUCGUUUCUUGCGGAGGAGACCGUAUCGACCAUUCAGGAGAGCUCGACAACUGCCUCCAAAACUACGGCGACGCAGCUGGAUGCAUUCCUGGCGAAGCUGCCUUCGAUGUGCAACAGGGAUAUGAUUGACCAGGCUGCGGUUGACUUCUGCUAUUUGAAUUCGAAGCUGAGCCGCAAUCGGCUCAUUAAGACGCUCGUCCAAGUCCCUCGUGACAGACAUGACCUUCUUCCGUACUACUCGCGUUUGAUUGCUACAUUCAAACCAUUCUAUCCGGAUGUGGCUGAAGAAGUCCUAGCCGCUCUGGAGCGCGAGUUUCGCGGACUGUUGCGCAAGAAGCAUCUAGACCUCUCCGAGUCCCGCGUCAAAAAUAUCAAGUUCCUCUCUGAGCUCGUCAAGUUUAGCAUUACGCCUCUGCCAAUCAUCUUCCAUUGUCUGAAAGUCUUGCUUGAGGACUUUGUACCUCAAAACAUCACUGUUGCCUGUUCACUGCUGGAGACGUGUGGUCGUUUUCUCAAGCGCAAAAGUACGGCUACAUCCACUCGGUUAGAUGCGAUGCUGGAUAUUCUGAAACGCAAAAAGGCUGCACUCCAUCUUGAGCCCAGGUUUUUGCUCAUGAUCGAUAAUGCCUACUACCAGUGCAAUCCCCCUGAGCAAAAGACAAGGCAAAAACGUGAAAUCCCGCCUAUCGAGCAAUUCAUCCGCAAGCUGCUUUACCUGGAUCUCUGCAAGAAGAAUGUGGAGACGACUCACAAACUGUUGCGCAAGUUGAACUGGGACAACAAGGAGGUAUACAAUGCUGUCUUACGCUUGUUCAGCAAAGUCUGGAAGAUCAAGUUCAGCAAUAUUCAUCUCGUGGCCAUCCUUGUUAAUGGUCUCAGUCGUUACCACUCGGACUUCUCGAUCGCCGUUGUUGAUUCCGUGAUCGAAACGAUCAAGGUUGGACUGGAGCAGAACAAUUUUCGACAUAACCAAAAACGCAUUGCCGUUGUCAAGUUCUUGGGGGAACUAUAUAACUACCGUGUGGUCGAUUCUCCGCUCAUCUUUAGCACGCUGGAUACCCUUAUCUCAACAGGCCAUGAGCAAGGCAGAGCUUCCCCAGAUAGGCCUUCUCCAAUCGAUGCGCCAAACGACUGUUUCAGGAUCCGUCUGGUCUGCACGCUGCUGGACACCUGUGGAAUGUGCUUCGACCAUGGAAGUUCCAAAAUUAAACUUGACGCGUUCUUCGUGCUGUUUCAAAUGUAUAUUCUCUCCAAGGAGGCAGUUCCUUUGGAGAUUGAGUACAUGAUCGAAGACACCUUCACGGAACUUCGCCCUAAACUGAGACGCUUCCAGUCCUAUGAGGAGGCGUUCGCAGCUGUCGAGGCUCUUCAUGGCCCGCUUGGCAGCGCAGACCAUUCUUCCAUGGCACAGAAUGAUGAUUCGGAAUCUGAGGAGUCGGAAGGGGAUGAUGAUGGUGAUGACGAUAACCAGGACGAGGAUGAAGACGAGGACAGUGACGAGGAAGACGAUGGCCUUGAUGACGAGGAGGAGACACAUGCUAUGAGACAACCUGACGAUGAAGAACAGGCUGUUGUCCUUACAAACCAGCACAAGCCUGUCGAGGCCGUGGACGAGGAUUUUGAGCGCGAAUAUCUUAAGAUGAUGACAGAGAGUCUUGAGUCAAGAAAGUUCGAGAGAAAGCAUCUUGCGCUUGAUGUUGCCAUCCCAGUUCUGAGAUCUGCAGAUCGUCGUGAAGAACCGACUUUCAGCAAUCCGGAUCAUGUUGCGUUCACACUUCUUACCAAGAAAGGCAAUAAGCAGCAACUGAAGACUGUUGGAUUGCCAAGCGACAGCGCCCUUGUCAUCAAUACACGGAACCAGCGCGAAGCCGAGCGCGAGGAACAGCAACAGCUGAAGCAGCUGGUUUUGGAGUACGAAGUACGAGAAGAGGCGAAUCAACGUGCAGCCCUAGAGCAGUCGCUGCGGAAUCAAGGAAUUCGACUCAACUUUACAGAAGAUAACAGGCGUGGCGGAGGUACGAUUAAUCGAGAUCAAAAUAAUGCGCGCAACGAUCGAGUUGAUCGCGUGGGCUUUGGACCAGACCCCAUCAAGAAUAACUCGCGAUGGGCACGCAACCAGGCAGUCGGCGUGGGUGCUGGUUUCGGAACCGAGAGCGCACUCACGAAUCUGGGUGUCGAUGGUUAUGAGAGACGACCCACUGGAGGACAGACGAAUCGAGGGCGAGGCUCAGGAGCGUACGGAAGACGCUGAUACACCUUUGAGGUUCGACUAUUCGCCUCAAAUGAGAUGAGUGUCUGAAAUGGUUUCCUCUCUCUCUAUUCAAAGUGGCCUCCUUUUAUUUGCAUCGAUCCUUGGAAGAAACCUUGGACAAUGCUCUGCGAAACUCUACUAAGGGAGCAAGAGUGCCAGAAUUGUUCGCUCUGCACUAGUUCGUGUCGAUUGAUAUGGUGCAAUCGAAUGGUUGUCCUUGCAGCCUACAGCACCUUUUACGUCUCCUGCACAUGUCUUCAGCGCAUUUCCCAUGCACACAUAUUGCGUCUCUGCAAUCCUCAUAAAAAAUAAUAAACACGGAGAAAAUGUGUUUUGUAAAGCGUAUGGUAAUUCGUGUUUCACAGAAAUAAACAAUGGAUUUCCU